AUGGGGGAUAAGGGGAAGAAGGGAACCAGAGGGUGGAGAACGUGUGAUGAAGGUGGAAGGAUUGGGGUACUGUCCGGGCUGGCAGACGUCACAAAGAAACACAAGGGAAGUGAUUCAGAGGGGUACCUCAAGGAGAUGUCAAAUAGUGCAGCGUCCAUAUUGCAGUUCCAUACCGACCAUUUCCUCCCUGCUAUGAAAACAAGACUAGCUGAAUGGAAAUCCAAGCCACUGCUGGGUGACGUAAUGAAAGCAAACGUUCCUUUCUUUAAAAUCCACCGAAGUUACACGCUGCUCUUUGAACACGUCGUACUCGUCAUAGACGGGUGGAGGAGGGAUCCGAAGAAAUUCUCUUCACUGAUAAUAGAUAUCAAGAAACUUCCUGAAUGUGAUAACGUGCCCUUCCAAACCUUCAUGUGGUAUCCGCUGAAACAUCUACAGUCCAUGGAGUUCUUCCUGUGGGCGUAUUUAAAAAACCUCUCGGAGGAAGCUGAUGAAGCUCAGGAUAUAAAAGAGGCACUGGAACUUCUGGCUGAUGCGAAGGAGUAUCCAAAGAAAGCAACACAGAAACAGACGAUGAAGAAAGUGAAACAUGACAUACUACAGCUGACUGGGAGGAGUCUGACUCCUCCACCAAUCAGCGCGGAGGAGGUUGAGCCGGCGGAGGAGCCACCCACCCCAGAGGUUUACCCAGAAGACGAGAUCGUACCGAAAGACAAAGUACAGCAAGUGGUGCUGGAGCUGUUAUCUACAGAGCGAUCGUAUGUUCGAAAACUGCGACUACUGCAGAAGAUCGAAGAACGUUUUCGCCGAGAGAACACGAUCCCCGAUGACGUCAUCAAGAAGAUAUUUUCCAAGAUGGAGAGUAUUAUGGCGUUUCACUCCAUUCACCUGUUGCCUCAGAUAGAGGAGCGAGCCGUGAACUGGUAACCACCAUCAGAACCUUCCGUAUACGUCUUAGCAGUUCGCUUAAUAGCCAUUGGCAUAUUUGGAGGAUGGAACCAUGUCCCCCCCACAAUCACACACACAGAUAGAUAUAGAUAUGGAUAUAGAUAUAUAUAUAUAGAUAUAUAUAUAGAUAUACAUAUACAUAUACAUAUACAUAUACAUAUACAUACAUACAUACAU